ACGUCGAUAGAUAAAUUUCUUUUCAGCACUAGUGAAUCGGGUGCAAUAAUUAUUUACAAAAAAAAAAUAUGAGCUCUGGGGCAGUGCGUACGCCUGUGUCUCAGAUUAUCCACAACAAAGAUGAUCAGGAUGCGGAGGAGGAACCGAAAAAGAAAUCCCGCGAGGAUUGGCGGAAGGCAAAGGAGCUAGAGGAGGCCCGUAAGGCAGGCACAGCACCAGCCGCCGUCGAUGAAGAGGGACGAGAUAUUAAUCCACAUAUCCCACAAUAUAUAUCAAAUGCACCGUGGUACUAUGGCUCGCAAGGGCCCACUCUCAAGCAUCAGCGUCCACAGCACGAAGAUGAGCGUGGCCAGUUGGAUAAACGAGCACCCAAGGGCUUGGACACCACUCGUAUAGUGACGAAAUUUCGAAAGGGUGCUUGCGAAAAUUGCGGCGCCAUGUCUCACAAGAAGAAAGAUUGCCUAGAGAGGCCGCGCAAGGUGCAGGCAAAGUACGCCGAGUCCAUCGUGGUUCAUGACGAACACAUUGUGCAUGAUGCGUCGGUGAAUUAUGACGAGAAGCGAGAUCGCUGGAGUUCUUACGAUCCAGCCAAUCACCGGGAGAUUAUUGAGGAGUAUGAAAAAGUUGAAGAAGCCAAGCGUCAAUUAAAAGCUGAAAAACUAAAGAAUGAUCCCGAUGCUGAAAUCUCAGAUGAAGAUGGUAAUGAAGACAAAUAUGUGGAUGAGGUUGACAUGCCGGGAACCAAAGUGGACUCCAAGCAGCGGAUCACAGUACGGAAUUUGCGCAUUCGAGAGGAUACUGCCAAAUAUCUGCGUAAUCUGGAUCCCAAUUCGGCCUACUAUGAUCCCAAGACACGCUCUAUGCGUGACAAUCCCAAUCCCAAUGUUCCAUCCGAGGAAGCUGAAUUUGCGGGAGAGAACUUUGUGCGCUUUUCUGGUGACACCACAGCCCAAGCAACUGCCCAAUUGUUUGCCUGGGAGGCACAUGGCAAAGGCGUUGAUGUACAUUUGCUUGCCGAGCCCACCAAGCUGGAACUGCUGCAGAAGGAGUAUGAACAGAAGAAGGAACAAUUCAAGUCAAGUACAAAAACCCACAUUGUAGAGAAAUAUGGCGGGGAAGAGCAUCUUCAGGCGCCGCCCAAAUCUCUUUUGCUGGCCCAGACCGAGGAAUAUAUCGAGUAUUCACGUAGCGGUAAAAUCAUUAAAGGUGUAGAGAAACCCAAAGCGCGUAGCAUUUAUGAGGAAGAUGUCUAUAUCAAUAAUCAUACAACGGUGUGGGGAAGUUUUUGGAAUGCCGGCCGCUGGGGCUAUAAGUGCUGCAAAUCAUUCAUUAAAAACUCGUACUGUGUUGGCAUGCAGGAACCGGAAGGGUUCUCGGAGCAAACAUCUUCUGCUGCUGCAGCUGCCGCCGCUGCCCCCACCACCAAUACCACUAACGCUGUACAUCUUGAAACUCAGUCGGAGGAAGCUGAACAGGCUCCCGUAUCAGAAGUCGAUUCGGCACCAAGUUCUGACUCUUCUUCUUCAGAGGAGGAGGAGGAGGUGCAAAAGCCCAGCAAGAAAUCCAAGAAAAAAUCGAAAAAACGUGAAAAGAAAAGGAAGGCCAAGGAGCAACGUAAAAAGAAAUCCAAAAACAAGGAGAAGGAAAAGGACAAAGAGAAGCUUGCGAAGCAUAAACAGAUACCUGAUGAGGAGGUUGAUGAUCGCAAACGUCCCUACAACAGCAUGUAUGACAUAAAAGCUCCCACCGAGGAUGAAAUCGAAGAAUGGAAAAAGAAGCGGCCACGUGCCGAAGAUCCUAUGCUCCAAUUUAUGUAGUCUUAAAUUUCAAUUUGUAAAUAUAGCACUAUAAUAG